AUGUCGGGCCUACCAGAGGGCUGGGAGUCCGACUACGAUGGCCGACGCUGGUUCUACAAGUACAAGCCAACGGGGCAUAUUCAGUACCACUUCCCAAAGGAAGGCGACGAGUUUCCCGACUUCAUAGAUACGUUUUCGCCAGCGCCAGUCCUUGCGCCCGAAGAACGUCUCGAAUCGCAGCAGCAGAUGCGAAGAUAUGCGAGCACGACUACACCUGCGAGGUUGAGCCCGAAAAAGGAAGAUGGAGGUUAUGGUAUGUCGGCUACGGCGCGGCCCGUAAGCAUGACAUGGGAUGGUGGGUUUGAAGAUGAGGAGAAUGGGGUGUUUCAGCCAGAAAACUUUAUGUAUCUGGGGCCUGGCACUUAUAAUGAUGUGAGCCCACUGGCAGAGGAGGAAGAGGAGGCUGCGAGACGGGUUGUUGCCGGCGGAAUUGAAGGAAGAGUUGAGAAAAGCACCCCUAAAGGUGUGAGUCCUCUAAACAGCGAGAGGACGACGCCUGCUCAAGGGACAACAAUCGCAGGUCCGGUUACAGGAGAACCUGUCUUGGUGCCGCCUACAGUUGUUGAAGAAAUCCAUGAGAUGCCAGUUGUCGAGCCUCCUCGGCUGCAUGACCCGGUGGGCAUUAUCGCCGAGAUGCCGACAAACGACACAGCUCAGGCCCAUAUUGAGAAACACCCUCCACCAAUCGAGAUGGCGGAUAACAUGGUCCUGGCGCCUAUUGAGACUGCAGUUUCUAUGAUGGCUGAGCUACCAGAGCGAACCAGCCCGAAAACCAAGAAAAAGGAGGAACCACAGCUUGCGCCGGGAUCAUUGCGGGACUAUGGCGCACAAAUGCAGCCCUUACGGAUAUCCAAGAAGCCUGCUGAGGAGACACCGCCUGGCUUUCAAUCAUAUAAGCCAGCGGAUAUUUCUGUCGAUAUACCACCAAACCCAGCGCCUCUUCGACGAGCGACUUUCCAACCCGAGGGUUCUGUGUUGGAUGCAAGUCCUGUUCGGCCACCUGAUAGAGGUCAUUCUGGUACGCCCAAUGUCCUGUCGCCGCCUCAGGUACCACCAAAACGUCCUCUCGAUGAGCCUUCACUGCCUCAAAUACCGCCAAAGCACCCUGAACAACCUCCUCCCCUGAGCAUUGCCAACAAUGGAUCUUUAGUCCCGGAUCAGCAGCCAGAGCUAUCCCAUAUGCCUUCUGUACUGAAGCCAGCUCGUGGGAAAGCUCCAGGUCAGCAAACUAUGCCCGGUCCUGCAAGAACACCACAAGGACAUGGUUACGUACCACCUACACAAGGGAAACACCCUCCAUCUAUGACUCCAGCACCUCUUGUUCAGCAACAGCCUCUUGAAGAACCGCGAAUGGGUGUUCAAAGGGUCAACACUGUGCCUGACUUGUUGCCUUCGCAAAGACCACAGUCCACCAUUCAAACUGGACAUCAGGUGUUUCCACCCAGUACAAUGAAUCCGCAACAGGUGCCAAAACGACCGGCUAGUGUGAUGCCUGAUAUGAUGGGUGGACAACCCCAAGAACAAAUCCAGGGUCGUUACAAUGCUGGGCCGCAACAAGGCGGAAAUCUACCUUACCGGGGUCCAGUUGAGAAUGUGCCACCAAAAGGUCUUCCACGAUCGGCAACUGCAGGGCCUACAACUCCAUUUCCUCCAUAUCCAGUUGAUAAUCCACCUUAUCCUGAUGAUAGACCAGUCUAUCGCAAAGAUAACCCGCCAUACCCAGAUGAACCUUUUGUACAGAAGCAAAUCCCAGGUCAAGGUUCUGGCGAUCCAUCUCCUCCCAUAGCCAGCAACCGGCGACACUCAUCAUUUAGCUCUGCAGUCGUCUCGCCAGAUUCGAGACACGGCAGUAUGUCAUUUCCUACCCAAACGCCAUCUCCCAUGGAAUAUAGUCGUCGCGCAUCAACCAAUUCAAGCAUCAAUCCGAACUAUACGCCUUCUCCUGUUUCUCAAACUUCGUCGUCAAUGCAGAGUUUCUCACCAACGCCUCCGUCUGUUCCGACCAAUCAGUAUCAACAAGGAUCCUACUUUACUAUGCAAGAUGUUGAAGGUCAAGGCCAUAACAUUGCUGCCCGAGACGUGCUACGCAAGAAAUCUCUAAGUCGAAGCACGGAUGCUAGACGUAGCUCGGUCGGGGCAGACCCUGUUGCUGCCCAACGUGGAUCACCUUUGGCGCAACAAACUGGGCAGGGUCAUAAUAACAAUGUACCUCAGGGAGUAUCACGUUCGCAGUCCCUUCGACAAUUACCUCAAGGAAAUGUUGUACCACAAAAUCAACCUCCCGCUGCGCCUACGCCACCACCACAGGGACAACAAGGCCUAGGACGCAUCGAGGAGUACGAAGAAGCUCCCAGCGCAACAGUGAGUCGGUCUUCGACUGUGAGUGUAUCAACAGACAUGAGGAAGGGAUCGGUAGGUUCGUCGGUACAACCAAGUCCGAUGGGAAGUCGAAGAACAAGUUGGCAAGCUGAAAGCCCGAAAAAUGUUUCACCUGUCCAGUUCCAAGGACAGCAGGGCCCAACACCACAGGGCCACACAGGACAGCCUAUGCAUCAAGUGCAAGCUCCUCCAGGUGCUCCUAUGACAGCUCAGAAUCCGAAGCAGUUGCAGCGAAAGCCCUCACAAGGACAUGCACCCCAACACCAAAACCAACAAAUGUCUGCCCGAGAUUCGAGAGCACCUCAAGGAAUGCCUCCACAGCAAGGCCCUGGAUCACAAGGACAACCUAUACAAGGCCAGGUGAUGCCACCCCAGGUUCAAGGAAAAGCUCCUCAUCCUGGACAGAUAUCUACACCGGUGCAGAAUGUUCUCCAUAAACCUCCUCCUGCACCUACACCAACGCCUCCAGCGUUAGCCCCUAAGCCUACACCAAUGAGGUUGCAAAAGCGCUCGUCUUAUCCAGCCAGUCCAGCAGGACAACUUCCUCCUCAACCCCAGUUCCCGCAGGGACCUGCUCCCCCUGGGCAAAUGCAACAAGGUCCAAUGGCAGGCCCAAUGCCUCCUCAAGGACAACAACAAAUGGCUUAUCAUGGCCAAGGUUCCAACGGGAGAGUGCAACCGCAGGUCCAGAUUCCUCCAAACCAACAACAAUGGCAGCCUGGCAUGCAGCCUAUGACACCUCAGGGCUCUCGCCCAGUCUCUAUGCAGAUGCCACCUCAGGCUUCACAAAGCGCUGGGGCAAAGGAAGGCAAGGAGGGAAAGAAGUGGCUCAAGUGGUUGAAGGGUGGCUCCAAAUCUGUUUCACAUAGUCCAACUACGCCAGUCAUUUCUUCACCUAUAUCACCUGCUGUUGGACGUCCCAGUUGGGGCGGUGGAGAGUAUGCUCAGCAAGCUGUGUGGCAGCCCGGGCAGCCUAUGUCUUCUGCCCAACCAGGCUUCCAGGGAAAUACGGUGCCUCCUCAAUCUCAACCUGGGCAGAUGCGUCAACCAGCUCAACCACCAACGCAGCCCGUCCAGGCACCCCCUCAGCAUGGCCAGAUGGGUUCCAGACCUGGUCAACCACUUCCUCGGACUGGACCACUACCGCAUCAAGCCGCUCAGUUUCCCCAGACCAGUCAAGUGUCUCAGCAGCCAAGCCAAAUGCCUCCCCAAUCUGGACAGAUGCUUCAUCAAGGAGGCCCUCCAGGCCAGAUCCUCCCUCAAACCAUGCAAUUGCCUCCUCAGCAACGGCAACCACCUCAGCACAGACAAAUGCCACUGCAGCAAGGACAGAUAAAUACCCAGCCAGGGCCAGUACCGACUCCAUCGAGCCAAAUUCCUCCUCAAGCAAUACAGUUUCCGCCCCAGAGCCGACAGUCACCUCCCCAGCAGGAACGAAUGCCCACUCAACAGGUCCAAACGCAAUUGCAGUCUAAUCAAAUGAUGUCUCGACCUGGCCAACUUCCUCCCCCAGGUCCAGCACCGAGAGAUCGACAGCCCGAGCCUAGAGGAUACUCAACGGGAGGGCCAUCUGUAGGAGUCUCGGCUACACAGCCUAUGACUCUACCUCCUAAAGUGCCAGAAACUUCCAUGGUUCCUCCUGUCAGAGUUGAACCGAGCAAAAUUUCUCAGUUACAAGCGCCACUUCAAAGACAACCAUCGCCAGCUCAAACAAAAGCUUUGGAACAAGCACCUAUGCCUCAGUCCAAAACUGCUCAGCCGCCUCAACCUCCACAAAUUGCUGCGUCAAACACCCUUCGACCUCAGCCAAGCAGCCAGAGAGCUAUAUCUCCACCCCCGCCUGCCGUGAGUCCCGGCUUGUCUGACGCGGCUGCUUCAUCGAUAAGUCGCAUGUCCUCUUACAGAAGAGACAGCUUCUCGGACGCUGGGUCAAUCACGACCAUCGAGGUGGCUCAGGCCCAGCCACAGUCUGUCUUGAAACCUUCCAUCGUUCAAGUCCACAGGAGAUCAACUGACAUGAUGAACAAGUCUCAGGUCCAUCUGAACAACGACUCUCAGUCAAGCUCGGAUGUGACUCCGAGAAUAUCCACAGAGACUGCUCGUGUGGGAACAGAGGCUGCUCCGCUUCCCUCAAACCUACAAUAUCAGCAGCCUGCUUCUAGACCUGAGCCCAUACCUCAGGUCAAUACUUCCAAGCACAAUGUCCCUACAGCAUCUUUGCCCUCUAAACCCGACGAGCCAAAGUUGGUCCAACCUCCUACACGGGACCAACAUAUGGAAAAGGAGCCAGCACCACGCAAGGCUGAUCAUCACUCUGCGGCUUACGCCAAUUCCAGUGCUCAAAAUCAACAUAACAACAGUAAUACCAAACUGAUUUCGAAUAUACCACAACCAGCACCUGCCAAGCCAGCUGCCCCAGUCGCAGAAGACAAAUGGGCAAAGAAACCAGUAGUAGACUAUUCUGGUGGAGACUGGGGAGAUGACGAUGAUUGGGACUACUGA